AUGGAGGCUGGUCCCAGCCUCAACCCCCCGAGGCAGCUUGGUUAUGCUACCGAGCUGCCCAAGACCUUGAGCAUGAUGAGCAUCAUGGGCAUGUCCUUUGCUAUCAUGGCUUUCUCUUGGAAGGCUAAUGGUGCUCAGACUAUGUAUAUUACCCUUGUCAACGGUCAGGCGGUCACGAUUCUCUGGGGCUGGGUGCUUGUGUCGUUGAUCUCCCUCUGUAUCGCGGCGUCCCUGGCUGAGAUCUGUGCCGUCUUUCCCACUGCUGGCGGAGUCUACUAUUGGUCUGCGAUCCUGAGCACUCCGAAAUAUGCCCCUGUCGUAAGUUUCAUCGAUGGCUGGAUGACCUUGGUUGGUAACUGGACUGUGACGCUUUCCAUCAACUUCUCGGGCGCGCAACUGAUCCUGAGCGCCAUUACGAUUUACAAUGAGGAUUUCGUGCCCAAUGAAUGGCAAUCUAUCCUCUGUUUCUGGGCUGUGAUGAUUAUUGCAGCACUGGUCAACGUUUUCGGCUCCAAGUACUUGGAUCUGAUCAACAAAAUCUGCAUCUACUGGACCGCAGCGAGCGUCGUCAUCAUCCUGGUGACCGUCCUGGCCAUGUGCGACAACAAGAGGUCUGCCGAGUUCGUCUUCUCUCACUACGAUGCUUCAAAGAGUGGAUACCCUAGUGGCUGGUCCUUUUUUGUAGGUUUACUCCAAGCCGCAUACACUCUUACCGGCUAUGGCAUGGUUGCAGCUAUGUGCGAAGAGGUACAAAACCCCGAGAGAGAGGUCCCCAAAGCGAUGGUCCUCUCAGUUGUGGCCGCGGGCCUGACUGGUAUCGUCUACCUGAUCCCGAUUCUCUUCGUCCUGCCCGACAUUCCACACCUCCUCGACUUCAGCCAGCCCAUUGGCAUCCUGUUCAAGCAGGUCACACGCUCUUCCGCAGGUGGCUUCGGCCUGCUAUUUUUGAUCCUGGGUAUUCUCUUCUUUGCUGGGGUCGGUGCCUUGACAGCUGCCUCGCGCUGUACCUACGCUUUCGCUCGCGAUGGUGCGAUCCCAGGACAUGGCCUCUGGAAGCAAGUGAAUCACAAAUUCGACGUUCCUCUCUGGGCUAUUGUCCUGUCGACCGUCGUAGACUGCCUUCUCGGCUGCAUCUAUUUCGGCUCCUCCGCGGCUUUCAACUCGUUCACUGGCGUCGCCACCAUCUGCCUCUCGACAUCGUACUGCGUGCCAGUUUUGGUGUGUCUGAUACGCGGGCGCAAGGCCGUUAAGAACUCUCCCUUCUCCCUCGGGAGAUUCGGCCCCUUCAUCAACUCUGUCUGUAUUAUCUGGAUUGUCUUUGCCGUCGUCAUCUUUUGUAUGCCCGUCUCGCUGCCGGUCACGGCAUCCUCGAUGAAUUAUGCGAGCGUGGUAUUCGCAGGCUUCGCGGCCGUCAGUGCGAUUUGGUACCUGGUGCACGCCCGCAAGAACUUUAAGGGCCCCAUGAUGAUGGAAGUGGAGGAUGUAGUCAUGAGCGAAGAGGCCAGUCAUGAUCAAACAAGCAAGUCUUAA